GCAAUAUACCUAGUGAUAUUAGACAUAAGUGGCUGGUAGCUUUGGCAAAAGAUAAAAAACAAAAUACAAAUAAUUCUAAUAAUGAAACUGAAUAUAAUGAUCCUUCUCCAUCAGCAAAAAAACCUAGAAAAGAAAAUACAUCUGAAUCAAAUAACCAAAUUACUGAAGAUUGA